UCUCCGUCAUAAUAACAUUUUUCCUUCAGUGCCUUCAUCCAGUUCAUAAAAAUAAUUGAGUCUUGCUAUUGUUGCGACACAGUAAAUGCAGAUUUUGAUGUUUUUACUCACUAGUGUUUAUUGUUAAAAAUUGAAAGUGCUGUGAACUAAUGUUUGAUAUUACUUAUACCUCAAUAUACAUGUUUUAAUAAAUAUCUUCCAGUAACAAGUGAAUGCAUUGCAAGUUCAAUUCAAGUUAACGUUCAAGGAAAACCCACAGUCGCAAUGAGCCUCAUCUGUCCAAUCUGCCAGGAAAACUUGAUAAGCAAAGAAUCACCGGAUAAUUAUGUCAACAAAUGCGGUCACGUUUACCACUCGAACUGCAUUCUUCCAUGGUGGGAUCGUACUCCGGAACCGACAUGUCCGCAGUGCCGUGACCCAUGCAACAUCGACACCAUAACCAAAAUUUAUUUGACAGUCGACGAUACAGCGAUGGCGAGUGGAGACGGUAACAGAUCAACAACUUCGGCGAUUGCGAUGGACGAUCCGAAAGCGGAAGCAUUGUUGCGACAAGUCAAAGAGCACAUCAAUCUUCAAACGUACAACCAGACUAAGGAUUUGAAUGAUAAAUUUCGUCAAUUGAAUUCGGAAUUUUCAACGAUGCUGCUGAACAACAUAACACGCCUGCGAAGCAAUUAUGAUGACAAACUGUCGGCAGUUUCCAAAGAAUUGACUACAGCUAUUUCAACUGCUAUGGACCACGAACGAACCGACCCCGAAUCCUGCAAUCUUGCCGAUGUUCAUUCAAAGACGAAAGUUAGAAGACAAAAUAAAUUUCUACAUCCAGUGGCCGGUAUCACUUGCCUUAUCGCAGUCAUUACCCUGAUCAUCGUCAUUGUUUAUUCGCAUUUAAUUUUGGAUGCCAUACACUCCAGCGCAACUUCAUUAAACAUUCAGAACAUAUCACAACGACUGGAAGUGUUGAACGACGAACUGCAUCAGAUCGCAAAUAAUUCGAGCCGUGACAACAAAAACCUUCGGUUGGCCGUGGAUAGUGUUGGAAAAUCUGUCGGAAACGGGGCAAAGACGCAGGACAUACUGAAACGUCUCGACGAUGUGAGUCAUCGUGGCGACCAGCUGUUACUGGAACAGAUUCAAACCGAUCGACGGAUUAAUUUGAAACUGGAAGUGUUGGAAAAUAGCAUCAACAUACUGAAGACGCGAAUCGAGGCCGACAAAACGCCAAAAUCGCAAACGAAUUUCUUCGAUGACCGGCAGAGUCAAUUGGAAGAAAAGAAUCGUGAAUUGGAGGCGAAACUGGUGCAUUUGAAGAAUAUUUUAGACAAAAGUUCGAAUGCAACACCGGAAGCGUUGCGUAAAGAAAUCGAAAAUGAUAGCCGAUUGGCGUCGGAAACGGAAGAUCCGAAAAGUAUACGUGAAGAAGCCGUUGAACUGUGGAAUAAAUUGAUUAAUUCGGGCAGCAGUACAUCGGGCGGUGUUGAAGUUUCUGUGAAAAUUGUAUUGAUUGUCGCAAGCACCUUGACCACAUUCCUUUUCCAAAUGAACUGAUUUUUUUUAUUUGA